UGAUUUCCAGCGCAUGCGCCGAGCGUUCGAAAAAGAUGGCGUCCUCCGGCGAGAGCUCCGAGCCCAGCGAAAGUUUCCUGAGAAAGCGACGCGGCGACGCGCUCGCUUCAGACGGUCUUUCACACGACAGCUGCGGCGAGACAGCGCAAGACGAGGACCCGACCAAAUAUGACAAGAAAGUGGGCGUAUCGCUACGAACCGGGACCUACUGGCUCACGCGCGUCGUGCUGCUGCGAGCCAUUGCUUUCAUCUACUUCGUGGCUUUCGCCGUCGCUUACAACCAGAACAAGCAGCUCAUCGGAGAGAAAGGCCUCACGCCUUGCAAGGACUACUUGAGGAGCGUCAAGCGUUAUGUGGGCGGUAAGAUUGGCUCGGCGGCCCUGGCUUACGCUCCUUCGAUCCUCUGGUUUAUGGACUGGAGUGACAUGGAUGCCAACCUGGAUGGCAUCGCUCUGGUGGGGAUGGCUCUGUCAGGGUUCGUUUUAAUCACGGGAAGCGCCAACAUGAUCAUCAUGGGAGCUCUUUGGAUCCUGUAUCACUCUAUAGUGAACGUCGGACAGCUCUGGUACUCCUUCGGUUGGGAGAGCCAGCUCCUGGAGACCGGUUUCUUGGGGAUCUUCCUGUGUCCCCUGUGGAGCCUGAGCCCUCUUCCUCGCCGCUGCCCGCCGUCCCUCGUCUCCGUCUGGACCUUCCGCUGGCUCGUGGUCCGCGUCAUGCUGGGAGCGGGUUUGAUCAAGAUCAGAGGUGACCGCUGCUGGAGGGACCUGACCUGCAUGGACUACCAUUACGAGACGCAGCCGGUGCCGAACCCCAUGUCCUACUACAUGCAUCGCUCGCCGUGGUGGUUUCACCGCUUCGAGACGCUCAGCAAUCACUUCAUCGAGCUGGUGGCGCCCUUCUUCACCUUCAUGGGCCGGCGGAUGUGCAUGCUGAACGGAGUCCUGCAGAUCCUCUUCCAGGUCGUUCUGAUCAUUAGUGGCAAUCUGAGUUUCCUGAACUGGUUGACUGUGGUUCCCAGCCUGGCUUGUUUCGAUGACGCCGCUUUGGCGUUUCUGUUCGGCCGCUCUGGACGAGCCAGACGGACUUUACUGCAGAUUCAGAGCGAGCAGGCUUCGGGACUCGAACCUCGGCCCUCCAGAGGUAUGCUGAUCAGACGCGUGUUGAAUGCGUCUCUGGGGAUCCUGAUAGCGUACCUGAGCGUCCCGGUCGUGAUGAACCUGCUGAGCUCCAGACAGACGAUGAACACCUCGUUCGAUGCCCUGCGGAUCGUCAACACGUACGGAGCCUUCGGCAGCGUGACGAAGGAGCGGACGGAGGUGGUGUUUCAGGGCACGCUGAGCGCCGAUCCCGCCGGAGACCGGGUUGUUUGGGAGGAGUACGAGUUUCUGUGUAAACCUGGCGCUCUGGACCGCCGGCCGUGCCUCAUCUCUCCGUAUCACUACAGACUGGACUGGCUCAUGUGGUUCGCUGCGUUUCAGACGUACGAGCAGAGCGAGUGGGUUAUUCACAUCGCUGGCAGACUGCUGGCUAAUGACUCCACCGUUCUUUCUCUGAUGGGACACAACCCUUUCCAGAACAGAGAAAACCCGAGGUGGAUACGAGGAGAGCACUUCCGCUAUAAGUUCACUCGGCCGGGCGGCGGCGGCGCGGCUCAGGGGAGAUGGUGGGUCCGGAAGCGCAUCGGUCCUUACUUCCCUCCCGUCAACCUGGACAGUCUGAGGAGCUACUUCCUGUCCAGGAGCUGGCCUCUGCCCGCCUCUCGUUAGCCUCGCACACACACUGAAGUGUAUCCUAUUUGAGCUUGACGAAACCGUGCCAAAGACGAUCCGUUACAUAAGAGAUUUGUGAAGGCAACUCUUCCGUGUCUCUGAGGAGCAGAGCAUGUGUUGAAUCGAGGGCUGUUUUAAGCCUGCCAACAAUAACAGCCCGUUUCUGCUAUUAAUAUGAUUUUGAGUACAGUCGAGCGUUACAGUCACAAGUUGCUGUUGAAUAUGAAAAAGGGAAUGCUUAUUUUUUUUUUUUAAAUAACCUACUGUGAAAUAAAGAUGAAUAGUUCACAGUUGAUGAGUAAUU